AUGGAAUCCAUUUCGAGUUUUACUGCUAAAACCAGCUUCUACCUGUGCCAAGGCGUUCAAAGAGCAAGAGCAGAACUGAUAAACAUUUUGAUAGGCGGUGAAUGUUUGGUAAAGAUUUGGUCAAGAUUAAGGGUCUUAGAACAAGCGUCGCUGGUGUUCUUUGGCGAUAGUUCAAGUCCAGACAAAGAUCCAGUGAUCCUUUGCUCGAAGAUGCAGACAGGCAAUUCUUGUAAUGAAAUGUCCUUCACAGAAGCGAACCUUAGGUUGAAUAGCUUUCUCGUUUGCCAAAGUUGUGGAAUGCUAUGA